CUUGUCGUGAUUAAUAUUGAAUAUAAUUACUAUUUAAAUGAAUUAUUUAAUUUAAUUUGAAUGUAUCGAGUAUUGAUAGAAAGUGGAUAACGUUUUGAAAAGUUAUAAGUGUCGUUUGUUAAUUACAAUAAAUAAAAUAGUUGAUAAAAAUUAAAAAAUGACGAUAUUAACUUUACGUACCAACGACGGAAAAAUUCAUAAAUUAAAUUCAGAUCUUAUAAGAUACUCAGCAACUCUUAAAAAUUUAUUAAAAGACGUCAACAUCGAUGAGUAUAGAGAAGGCGAGGUAAUAAGUUUACCUUACAAGGAGUCCUCUCUAGUAGAUAAAUGCAUCAAUUUCGUUAAACUUCAAGCUAAAUAUUUAGAACCUGCAAACACUGUAUAUCAAUUAACUGAAUCUGUCAAUUCUGAUGAGUCUUUAUCACAGUCAGGAGAUAUUUAUUACCUAGAAUCAUCAGAUAAAAUAGCCUUUAAAGUUCACAAGUACGUUAUUGCACUAUCAAAUGUUUUGAAAGAAGUUGUCGAAAUGAUGGGCGAUGCUACAGAUAAUUUAGUACCUGUUUCAAAAGUUCAUUCACAAGUACUACGUCUACUUGUUGAAUGGGCGGAAUUGAAGCACGAAAACUCUAGCUAUACUAGAAAAUCAACCAACGAAUCAUCCGAGUGGGAAAUUUUUUUUUUUAAAAACGUAGAGAUAAAUUUAUUAUUCGAACUAGUCAAUGCAGCAAAUUAUCUAGAUAUUCCAGAAUUAUUGAGCGCAACCACAACUACAGUCGCUGAAUAUUUAAAUCAAGAAAAUAUUCAAAAUAUUCGUAAAUUAUUUCAUGUCGAAGAUGAUAUAGGCACAAAUUUAAAAGAAAUAUUAACCGACGACUUACAAUAUUUUGAUGAAUCAUUAAUCGUUAUAGUAAUGUUUUCUGGAAGUCAAAGUGGAGAUACUAUUUACGUGGUCCAAGCAUCGGAUGGUGAAACACGCAACGCUAAAAAAUCGACCCUAGACAGAUGGGUUACAAUAAAAGAAAUGUUUGAAGUAGGAAUAGAUAGUGAUCCAGAGACUCCUGUUUAUUUACCAGGCAUUGCAUCACAAAUGCUUGAUUUAAUACUCGUGUGGGAUGAGAAGCACAGAAAUUUAGGAGAAGAAUUACCAAUUCGAGAAAAUAAUGGAUUUGAGUAUUUUGAUCUUACCCAAACUCAAAUUGAAUUCUUUCAGGCAGUGGAGGGAAAGGGUAAAAUAUGGAUUUUUGAACUAGUCAAAGCCGCAAAUUAUCUACAAAUACCGGAUUUAUUUCGCGCAACAUGCCGCUAUUUAGCUACAAAAAUAAAAGAGCUCAGGACUGCAGUCAAUGUUCAAGAAUAUUUUGGGAUUCAAAGACAUGAAAUGGAUCCCGAAGUUCGACGUUUGUCGAUAAGAACAAGUAAUAAAUGGUGUGAAAAUCUGUAGAAUCAAGGAUCCACGUAAUGAUUUCGCAUGUUAAUAAUUUAAAAAAUAAAUUCCUAAUCUUCUAUACUCGGAAAUUUAAAAUUUUGUUCAUUAUUAGGCAUAAACGUAAUGACUUUUAGACAAUAAAAUUUUUUGUAACUCAGACAAUAAA